AGUGGAGGCAGAUGUAAAGGUGACAUUGUGUUAUAUGGAAUGACCACCUCACAGAGAUACAUGGAAGCUAAGCCAUCAGCAGGGUUUGCUGACAUGGAGUGGCAGACACCAGCUGUGUCUGAGAAGUUCCUGAGCCGAUUUGGCCGUAGGCCUGGAACAGACAGUGGGGACACUGGUCUUGGCACCUCAACAUCUGACAGCACAGAAGAUUUCUGCAGUUCAAGUAGCAGCCCGUCUUUUCAGCCUAUCCGCAGCCAGAUCCCCAUCCCUACUGCACAUGUCAUGCCAUCCACGGCCGGAGCCCCCGGCCUCUAAGCCUCAGCCAUGCAUCAGGAGGAGUCCCAGGCCUCUGAGGGUCACAGGACUUCUUCUGGCUCCAGAACUUCCAGCGGCUCCAUCAAGUCUUCCUCACUCUCCAAAUCAGCAUCUUCUCCAAACUUGGAUGCUCAGGCUGGUGUGGGAGCAGAUCCUGUGGGGCCAAAGUUAGACUGCUUGAGCCGAUACCGCAGCCUUGUCAAUGGGCUGGAUCACUCACUUUUCCCCAUGGGGGAACACACGCGUGUGGAUGAGGGCCAGAGGUUUGAUACCCCUGCUAUGGAACCUACACUAAACCAGUCAGCCCCUGGGGGCUUGUGCCCUGAUGUCAGACUCAGACUACAAACAACUGGGCUUGGGGACCCACAGGAAUGCGGGUCUGAGGCCCACAGAGGAGGCAUGGAGCACACCUAUAAGGUUCUCCCAGAGGCCAGGCCUGGGGUUCCUGGUGCAUCUGAACCCUGUAACCUGAGGGGCAGCCAGCCUGGAGGGGCUGGAGCUGCUGGAGUUUAUGCUAGCCCUCUGGGCCUGCAGACACAGGCUCUGCUGAGGGAGCAUGCAAGCACCAAAGUGUAUGAACCCUUGGUCCAGGACAGAUGUAAUGAACAGUCCAGCUGGCAGCAGCAACACAAGCAGCAACUGGAGAGUCUACGCCUCCAACUGGAACAAAUGCAGUUAAUGACUGCUGGAGUGGGUCAGUAUCCAUCUCUGUAUGCCACCUCACUGCACUCAGAGAGUGGCAAGUGGGACGCUCUGGUCAAAGCAAACGAGAGUCUUCUGAAGGAGAAGGAGCUCAUCAUAGAAAGACAGAAGCAACAUAUGGCCCAGUUGGAGCAGCGUCUGCGGGAAAGUGAGCUACAAGUCCAUGGAGCUCUUAUGGGGCGUGGGACUCAAUUUGUGGAUGUGUGUAUGCUUCGACUGCAGGAAGCUCAGAGAGAGAAUGCGUUCCUGAGGGCUCAGUUCGCCGAGCGGACUGACUGUGCAGCCCAGGAGAAGGCAGAGGCAGAGUGCAGGCUGGGGGCCGUGGAGGCUGAGACUCACCGUCUAGCUGACACACUGAAGGAGAGCAGCGAGAGGCAUGCAGAGGAGAUGAAGAAACAAGAAGAAAGGAUUCGCAGUCGAGACAAGCACAUCAACAAUCUCAAGAAAAAGUGUCAGAAGGAGGCUGAGCAGAAUAGAGAGAAACAGCAGCGUAUUGAGACUCUGGAGCGCUACCUGGCUGACCUUCCCACCAUGGAGGAUUAUCAGAGCCAGAACAAGCAGCUUUUAGAGGUCGAGCAGCGGGCGGCCCAGCUACAAAGCAGAAUAAGAGAAUUGGAAGUCUGUGUGGAGGAGGCUCGUGCACACACCCGGGAGAAAGACGCACAGCUAGAGGAGCAGAAACGCAGGGAGAGGGAGCUGCUGACCACUGUUACCAAUUUGCAGGAGCGGGUCCAGGAGGGCCUUGAGGAUGGGGCCAGACUGCCCUCCCUGGAUGUUGAGAAACUCAAAGGAGAAAAUAAUGCUCUAAGAGAGGAGCAGCAGAGACUUAAAAAGGUCAUUGAGAAGCAGCACAGGAUGAUGGAACAGCUCAGCUCCCAGAUCCAGGCUUUGACGGCGCAGGUGUCUCAGGAAGAGAGCAGCUCCCAGGCUCUCAGAGAGGAGGUGCUGGCCAAAGAGCAGAGUCUGUUGCAGCUACGCACAGCCAUGAAGGAGCUGUCCACCCAGACCCAGGAACUGAUGGAGAAGAAUCUGACGCUGCAGGAGCAGAUGGGAGAUCCAGCGUGGAGGAACGCUAACCAGGCCUCCUCCAACCUGCAGCCGGCCGGGGCUCGUCUCACACAGAGGCUACAUGGAGAGAUGUCCUCCUGCCUGUCUGACCUUCGUUCCCUAUGCAACAUCCUGACCCAGCGAGCCCAGGGACAAGACCCCAACCUCUCCUUGCUGCUCGGCAUCACAUCACCCCCUCCCAUGGGAGAGCAGGUGGAGGACUGGAUGAGCCCAGAGGUGCUGCAGAAGAAGCUGACUGAAGCUCAGCAGCUCCGUCGAGAUGUUGAGGAGCUACGCAAUACAGUAUCAGACCGUUACGCACAGGAUAUGGGUGAGAACUGCAUUACUCAAUAACCCAUCUACCCAGGAAAUGGGUUAAACCUGACUCCCACUGCACCUCUAAAAUGGGCCUUGAGUGCAUGUCUGUCUACUGAAUGUCAGAAAGAGGACUGAAUCUUGUUGUUAGUUUGGGGCAGACACCAGCCCAAAUGGAGUAGCUUCCUCCACUUCUGAAUUGAUUGUACAGCGGAUAUCAACUCUGCCAUGGUGAGUUCAUCUAUUUCAGUCCAAGGGCUAUCAGAAAAGGAACUUAACUCUUAUACUUGAUCCUUAAAUGUUGCCUGUGUGUUUUUUUUUAAAUGAUUGUUUUAGUAUGACAUGCUUCAGUGUGUAAUCAAACUCUUCCCAUUUUUUUUAAACUCCAAUGGAAAGGUGUUUGUGUAAAAAUCCCAUGAAGAUAACUUAUUUAAAUCCUAAUUUCCUUCAUUAAGGAAAUAAUCCAAGAUGUGGUUGACAAUCAACUGACAAUAUUUUAAUGUGUUUUUUGUUUUGUUUUGUUUUGUUUUUUUGUUUUGUUUUUUGAGUGAAUUAAAAAGGAAUGUUAACAACAUGCCAUUAUUUAAAAUGGUGGACACUGUAACAUUAGACUCUGAUGUGUGGUAUGUGACUUAACAAAUGUAGGAUGAUUACUAAAGAGACAUUCACACACUUGUAGGCCUACAACAGUUUUGUUACCAAAGAAACUUUGAUCCAGGGGGUUGCUCAGCUCAGUGAAUGUUUGUGGUUGCUUCUCUUUGCCAGAGGCCUUGUUUGAAGAAAUGCCAACAUGUGCCUUUCUGUGAUGUUUGCAACCAUAACGCUAAUUCAAGCAGACCAGCCAGAAAGGUCUAUUUGCAGCUGACUGACCUCUCUCACUGUAUCAACCUUUGGAAUAGUCAAUACAUUCCUUGACUCUGAAUGUAUCACAUACUUUGGGGCUAUGUCACAGAGCCUGUCGAUGCCUUUACACUGUCUUGUUCCUUGUAGCAACAUGAAAGUGUGAGUAGAUUCAAGCCUGUCUAGAUGAACUUCAUAUUAUACUAUACAGUUCAGAUUGAUAAUGACUGAUGUGAAUGACAUUAACCAGUUAACUGCUAAACGUGUGACAUUCAUGACUGAAAAUCUGCUCAUCUGCAGUAUUUAUAUUUCUUUUUCUUUUUUGUGUCAAAAGUCAGUGAGAAUGCAUCCUGGGUCCUACUCUGUUAUGGGAGUAAUGUCUUGCUGAACAUUUCUACUUCUACAAACUCUGUGCAGAUACAUAACUUAGAUCCACACCAUUUCUCUUUCAAGGUUUAGCUUUGGGAAGUCAGUCCCUGCAUGCCUUAACAUCUCAAAUGUUUUGCAAAAUGGAAAAGAUGUUUAUAUUUUCAUAUUUUUGUUCUUGUAUUUGCAUAUUUUAGAAAUAAAGAUUUGUUUUCAACUUUU